AUGGAAGAGCAUCCAAUCGAUGUCAACUGCUUAACUGCGGCCUCAAUACAUCCAUAUCCACAGAUACAGACACAGGCUCAGACACAGACACAGACUCAGCCAUAUACAAAUACAAAUAAUAUAUCGAAUAAUAAUAAUACUAUAGCUAAUCGCCAGAAUACUUCGCCACCAACUGUGGCGGUGGUAGGCAACGAUUCGCCAAGGUUUGGCGCGCCAACAACAUCUUUUACCACACCUGGCGGCACAACAACAACAACACCCAUGCCCACCACCACCACAGCGCUGACGACCCCGCCACAACAACUACAGGACACGACGAACUCGAACUGCUGCGAAGGCACACUUCAAAAGCUGGGGCAGGACAUUGUAAGAAACAGGAGUCAACAGACAUUGGUCAACAACAGCAACGCACAACAGAAGGGAUGUACCGCGGUAACGACGACUCCACUGCCGCCACACUCGCGGUCAAUGAGCGCAGCACAUCGGCGCCACCCACCAAAGUUCAAUGUGCUGGAGUACAACUCAUUCCUGGGAAUGGGCCGUCGAGCAUGGAUAAUUAUCACUGGACUGUUCUUGGUCGGCCUGUGCAUAUCGGUGCUCUCAAUGACGGUACUGCGAUACGCCGAGGGCCUGACUAUAUCUGGCGACUUCUCGCGGGUCGCCAAAGACCGCUUCACAAUGAUGCGCAUCGAACUCAACAACAGGAUCUACAUCGUGCAGACGCUCGGUCUGCUGAUGUCGACGUACCCGCACACGACCAACCUGGAGUUUAUGCAGUUCUCCAACCUGUGGACAUCGACGUUCGACGGGCUCGAGGGCAUCAUGUGGGCGCCUCGCGUCAUGCAGACCGAGCGCGACAUGUGGGAGAUGCAGUACGGGGUCACGAUCACGAACAGCACGCACGACCCCACGGCCAUCGGCCCGGACCGCCUGCCCGCCACCGGCCAGGACGACUACUUCCCCGUGCUCUACUCGGAGCCCGAGCGCUCCAACAACAACUUCCUCGGCUACGACAUCUUGUCGGACGGGUGGCGUCGCGAUGGUCUGAAGCAGUCGAUCGACACGGGCGAGAUCCUGGUCAUCCCCAGCCCCUACGUCAACAAGCUCAACUCCAAGCUCUACAGCAAGGACCUGCUGUUCAUCUAUCAGGCGGUGUAUCCCCCGGCGAUGGCUCUGCUCACGCCCAAGGACCGCCACACAUUUAUCAUGGGCUUCGCGUCAUGUCGCUUCUUCAUCAGCAGUCUGGUGUCGGCUGCGUUGGCGCGCCUCACCGACGAGGACUCGCUCGACCUGUACCUGUUCGACCUCACUGGCAUGGACUUUGAUAAUCAAUCGCUGGUGUACUUCCGCCCGUGGGACGCCCCUGACAAGGACGACGGCAUGCCCUACCCCACGGACAUCCAGACUGUGAACCAGCUGCUGCGGGCCUACCCCAAGAACCUCUAUUACAAGACAAUGUCUGUGGGUGGCCGCAACUGGCUACUGGCCUUCUCGCCCAACGACGACUUCCUUCGCAAGCACUACACAUUCUAUCCGUUCUUCAUUGGCGCUGUGUGUUUGAUCAUCUCGGUGCUCGUGGCCUUUUGGUUCGGCAUCAACACUCGGCACAAUGUCAAGCUGGCCGUGACCAACGCCGACCUGCACAAAGAGAUCUACAAUCGAAAGUUGGCUGAGCGAGCGCUGGCUGAGAGCCAGGAGCGCCUAGAGCUGGCUAUGGAGGGCAGUGAGGACGCCGUGUGGGACUGGAAGAUGGACAGCGGCGAGCUGCACAUCUCAGCGCGCUGGUUCCAGAUACUUCGAUCGAGCGAGGACAGCUACCAGAGCAGGUCGCUGUGCGAGGACCUGCGGCAGGAGGAGGAGCGAGGCGUGUCGAUCGCCGACGACCUGUACUGCCCCAUCACGCUCGAGCCGUCCAAGGGCUCGGCCAACACACAUCAGCUGGCUGUGUGGAGCAUGCGCAACAUGACCCAGCUCAUCCAUCCCGAGGACAAAGAGAACUUCAUCAAGGAGAUCAAGAGGACGGUGCGACGCGAGACUGGCAUCUUUGAGAUCGAGUGCAGGAUGCGCAAGAGCAGUGGUAGUUACCUGUACAUCAUCAUGCGAGGCAAGGUCGUGUCCGAGCUGACCCGGGACUCGAUGAGAAUGGCUGGCACGCUGAGGGACAUCACCAGUCGCAAGGAUAUGUUGCGAUUGAUAUUGGAGAAGGAGGCGGCGGAGGAGGCCAACAAGGCCAAGUCAGCAUUCGUGGCCACUGUGUCACACGAGGUGCGCACGCCACUCUCUGGAGUGAUUGGAGUCAGCGAUCUUCUCCUAGAGACCACGCUCAACGAAGAGCAACGCGACUAUGUACAGACCAUCCAAAAGUCCUCACAAGCACUCCUGACAAUCAUCAACGACAUCCUUGACUAUUCCAAGUUGGAGAGCAAGCAGCUCAAGAUGGAGACGAUACCAUUCUCGAUCGUGGAGACGGGAAGAACGGUCAUUCACAUGCUGUCUGUGGCAGCGAACGAUGAUGUGGACUUGUUGUUCCGCGCACCGCCAAAGGUACCCAAUAUUGUGAUUGGUGACGCGAUGCGCGUUAGACAGGUCCUACUAAAUCUCAUUUCCAAUGCAAUCAAAUUCACAUCGCGUGGACAUGUCCUGGCGGACAUCAGUGUGGUGGAGGCGCCCGCCGCACUGUCUGAAUCACGCGCCAACAACACGAUCUACCUGUGCAUCACGGUGGAAGACACGGGCAUUGGCAUCCCGCAAUCAUUGUUCGAGGCGAUCUUUGAGCCGUUCUCGCAGGCGGACAACUCGACCACGCGCAAGUAUGGUGGCACUGGUCUCGGCCUGUCCAUCACCAAGCGUCUGAUCGAGGACGUGAUGGGUGGAACGAUACAGGUGAACAGUGUCGUUGGCCAGGGUUCGACAUUCAAGUGCACCAUCCCCUUUGUCAUGUCAAGCACGUCGCCGUCGCAGCUCAGCAUGAUCUCGCCCACCUCGCUGCCGCGCUCCAUGUUCAGCCGCUCGCCCACGUCCAAGUGGAUGGGCGAGGAGUAUGACAACAACGUCACAGAGAUACUGAAGCGCAAGCUGUGCAUCAUCGCCUGUCGCGACAAGGUGAGCGAGCGAGUGCUCAAGGAGCAGCUCGAGUGGCUGGGCCUCACGGUCAAGUCAUUCGAGGAGUACCCGCACCUGGACGCUCUGGCCCACGUCGACCUGGUGAUCAGCGACCUCGAGAUCUUUGGCGCUGAGCACCGCCACCCCGUACUCAACGCGCCCUAUGUCAUCCUGGCACCGACCAAGUUCAACCUGUCCAAGCAAAGCCAGUACUUCAAGAGUAACAAGAAGUACUCGACCAUCCCCGCCGGCGCUGAGUGGAUUCGUCGUCCCGCCCUCACCGACAAGCUGAUCCCCAUGCUGCUCAAGGUGCUCAAGCCCAUCCCGCCGCUGCAGCUGGUGUCUGGUGAGCUGUCCCACCCGCCCUCCUAUGAGCUCACUAGCAGCAACAGCUCGCAUCACUCACAUCAGCAUCAGCACCAGCAUGCCAAGGAAGCUGCCCUUAUGUCCACGCCGUCGACCCCCUUCCACGCGUCAAUCAAUGGAAGUGGUGGCGUCACCAACAUGAACAACAUCAACAUCAACAUCAACUGCAGCAAUGGCAACAACAACUACAACCUUGGCAAUGGACAUGGCAACAAUGACAUGCUAGCGAUGGCCUCGCCAGUGUUCCUCAACCUCAAUCACGAGGUGUCAUUGUCAAACUCCAAUGUGAUGCAGACUGAGUCCAUGUCGACAUCGGCCCAAGGCGAGUCCACCAACGUCAAUCGCGCGCUGUUGGUCGAGGACAAUGAGCUGAACCGCAAGGUGAUCACACAGCUGCUCAAGAGGCUUGGUUGGCAGACGGUCGUCGCCGAGAAUGGCAAAGAGGCGCUGAAGGAGAUCACAUCGGAGCGGUGCUACCCCAUUGUGUUGAUGGAUUGCCAGAUGCCGGUACUGGACGGAUUCCAAACGACACGAAUCAUUCGUGCCAAAGAGAAAGAGCUGGGCUGGCAACGCAUGAACAUCGUGGCUCUCUCCGCUGGAUCAUCUUCAUCCUUUGUCCAAGACUGUCUCGACUCUGGCAUGGAUGACUUUGUCAGCAAGCCCAUCACUCUGACAUGUUUGAACGAUGCCUUGCUCAAGUGGGGAGGCUACUAG